AUGGCAGGAGUUAAUUUUACUGUCGUCGUCACCUCUGCUCUCGGUGUGGCGCUCUGUCUCUACGCCAUCAACGUCGAACAGAACUCGGUCCGAGAUGCGACUUACCGAGCUUUCUGCGACUUCUCUCCGUAUGCCAGCUGCUCAAAGGUGUUGACAAGCACUCAGAGCCGUCUCCUGACGUAUUUCGGGAUAGCUGCUCCAGACGGUCAUUUCGAUUUCCCCAACACGUACUUGGGCUUAUUCUUCUACGCCUUCAUGCUUACUUUCCCACGCGGGCGACAAUACUGUCACUGUCUCUACACUCUUGCUGCAGCUGCCGCCAUGGCCUCUUCUAUCUACCUCGCCUACGUUCUCUAUGCUGUCUUGCACGACUUCUGCCUCGUUUGCGUCACGUCCUACGUGCUGAAUUUAAUUCUCCUGGCUGUGACCCUCUUUUCCCGGUCUGAAAGUCGCCAGUUGACUCCGGCGAAGCGGCGCGCAGCGAACAAGAAAAAGAUACGGUGA